GAGAGAGAGACAGAUAGGCUUUGGUUUGUAUGUCACAGCGUAUAAAUUAAAGCAAGGCCACAUAUCCAAGGGAAACUCUAUUUUUUUCUUCUUCCCUUCAUAAUUUCUGGGUUUACUUUGAGAUGGCGAGCAACGGCGGCGUUACGUGGCGGAGGACUGAAGAAGUUCAUGUUCUUGCCGUUGAUGAUAGUCUAGUUGAUCGGAAAGUCAUUGAAAGGUUGCUCAGAAUAUCCUCUUGCAAAGUGACUGCAGUGGAUAGUGGAAUCAGAGCUUUGCAGUUCUUGGGAUUAGAUGAAGAGAAAAACAGUAAUGCUCUUAAUGAUUUGAAAGUUGAUCUUAUCAUCACCGAUUAUUGUAUGCCGGAGAUGACGGGCUAUGAAUUACUCAAGAAAGUGAAGGAAUCCUCUGCUUUUAGAGAAAUCCCAGUUGUAAUAAUGUCAUCCGAGAACGUUUUAGCUCGAAUCGACAGAUGCUUGGAAGAAGGAGCAGAGGAUUUCAUAGUAAAGCCGGUGAAAUUAUCAGAUGUUAAACGUAUAAAAGAUUACAUGACCAGAGAAGGAGAAACAGAAAGAUCAAGAAAAGGAAUCAACAAGAGAAAGCUAAGAGACAGCUUUGAUGAUCUCUCCUCAUCUCCACCGUCCAUUCUAUUCAUCAUCAUCAUCUCCAUCUCCAUCACCAACGUCAGUCCAAUCAGCAUCAGCACCGAGUUCUCCAUCACCGCUAGAUUCUCCCACCAGACGUCUCAAGAUGACAAACAAGCUCCGAAUAGAACAAAAAGAGAAAAAGCUAAUUUAAUUUACUCACAAAUUUUUUUAGAAUUUCUCUUGCAAUAUCUCCGUUAACACUGUUUUUAACGGUUUUUGGUUGCGGUUUCACCACCUUCGAUUAUUUGCUUAUAU